AUGGUCGUCGCAACUAUCAAGUGCGUCGUCGUCGGUGACGGUGCUGUCGGCAAGACUUGCCUCCUCAUCAGCUACACGACCAACAAGUUCCCCUCCGAAUAUGUCCCGACCGUCUUCGAUAACUAUGCCGUCACUGUCAUGAUCGGUGACGAGCCCUACACCCUCGGCCUCUUCGAUACCGCUGGUCAGGAAGAUUACGACAGGCUGCGACCCCUCUCCUACCCGCAAACCGACGUCUUCCUCGUGUGCUUCAGCGUCACCUCGCCGGCAUCAUUUGAGAACGUCCGCGAGAAGUGGUUCCCCGAGGUCCGCCACCACUGCCCCGGCGUCCCUUGCCUCAUCGUUGGUACACAGGCCGAUCUGCGCGAGGACGACAGCGUUCGUGAUAAGCUCGCGAAGCAGAAGAUGCGACCCGUGCGGAAAGAGGAUGCCGAUCAGAUGGUCAAGGAUCUCGGUGCGGUCAAGUACGUCGAGUGCAGCGCUCUGACGCAGUACAAGCUCAAGGAUGUGUUUGACGAGGCCAUCGUUGCGGCGCUGGAACCCCCCGUCGUCAAGAAGAAGUCCAAAUGUCUGCUGCUCUAG